AGACUUGUAGUGGAAAUGAUUGUCAUUGUAUUAAAUACCUUUGUUUUCCAAAAACCUCUUGCAAUCCUGACUCUAGACUCCAAGGCCAUCGUGGAUGGGAACCUGAAGCUGAUUCUGGGUCUUAUCUGGACCCUGAUUCUUCACUACUCCAUCUCCAUGCCCAUGUGGGAUGAGGAGGAGGAUGAGGAGGUGAAGCAGAAGACCCCCAAGCAGAGGCUACUGGGCUGGAUCCAGAACAAACUGCCAGAGCUUCCCAUCACCAACUUCAGUCGGGACUGGCAGUCCGGCCGGGCGCUCGGAGCCCUUGUGGAUAGCUGUGCUCCAGGUCUGUGCCCUGACUGGGACUCAUGGGAUCAAACCAAACCUACGGAUAACGCCCGCGAGGCCAUGCAGCAAGCUGAUGACUGGCUGGGCAUCCCACAGGUGAUCGCUCCUGAAGAAAUAGUGGACCCCAAUGUGGAUGAACACUCAGUCAUGACCUACCUAUCCCAGUUCCCCAAAGCCAAGCUGAAACCAGGUGCCCCCCUGCGCCCCAAGCUCAACCCCAAGAAGGCCAGGGCCUACGGACCAGGUAUUGAGCCCACUGGUAACGUGGUAAUGAAGCGUGCCCAGUUCACUGUGGAGACAAUCAGCGCAGGAAUGGGAGAGGUGCUGGUGUAUGUGGAGGACCCUGCUGGCCACAGAGAGGAGGCUAAAGUGACUGCCAACAGCGACAAGAAUAGAACCUAUUCUGUCUACUACAUUCCGAAAGUGACUGGAUCCCACAAGGUGACGGUACUAUUUGCUGGGCUGCACAUCUCUAAGAGCCCCUUUGAGGUGGAUGUGGGGAUGUCUCAGGGAGAUUCCAGCAAGGUGACAGCACAGGGGCCUGGCCUGGAGCCCAGCGGCAACAUUGCCAACAAAACUACCUACUUUGAUAUCUACACCGCAGGUGCUGGAGUGGGCGAGGUGGAGGUGGUCAUUGUUGAUCCCAAUGGGAAGAAGGACACUGUAGAGUGUCGAGUGGAGGACAAGGGCAAUAGCAGCUACCGCUGUACUUACAAGCCGACACUAGAGGGCACUCACACCAUCUAUAUCACCUUCUCUGGAGCCCAGAUUCCCAAGAGCCCCUUUACUGUGACUGUUGGACAAGCAUGCAACCCUUCCCUGUGCAGAGCUAAGGGCCGCGGGCUGCAACCCAAAGGAGUCCGUGCUAAAGAGACUGCUGACUUCAGGGUGUACACCAAGGGAGCAGGCACUGGAGAGCUGAAAGUCACCAUUAAGGGACCAAAAGGGAUUGAGGAACCAGUGAAGCAGAAGGACCUGGGGGAUGGUGUCUAUGGUUACGAGUAUUACCCAUCAACACCCGGGAACUACAUUGUCACCAUCACCUGGGGAGGUCAGCAGAUCCCGCGCAGCCCCUUUGAGGUGAAGGUGGGUACAGAGGCAGGAUCUCAGAAGGUGCGAGCCUGGGGCCCUGGUUUGGAGGGAGGCGUAGUCGGGAAGUCGGCUGACUUUGUGGUGGAGGCCGUUGGAGACGACGUCGGAACUUUGGGUUUCUCAGUGGAGGGCCCAUCCCAGGCUAAGAUUGAGUGCGAUGACAAGGGUGACGGCUCGUGCGACGUGCGUUACUGGCCUACAGAGGCCGGCGAGUACGCUGUGCACGUGCUCUGCAACAAUGAGGACAUCCAGCACAGCCCCUUCAUGGCAGAGAUCACAGCUGCGCCUGCCAAAGACUUCUACCCAGACAAGGUGAAGGCGUAUGGACCUGGUUUGGAAAAGACUGGCCUGGCCAUUAACAAGCCCACAGAGUUCACUGUAGAUGCCAAGCAGGGAGGCAAAGCUCCCUUGAAGGUCCAGCUCCAGGAUGGCGAGGGUAAACCAGUGGAUGUCCAGGUGAGGGACAAUGGAAACGGCACCUAUACCUGCUCCUACACUCCCCGCAAGCCUCUCAAACACACAGUCAUGGUGUCCUGGGGUGGGGUCAACAUCCCGGACAGUCCCUUCAGGAUGACUAUUGGUGCCGGCACUCACCCCAACAAGGUGAAGGUGUCAGGACCUGGAGUGGCCAAGACUGGCCUGAAGGCCUAUGAGCCGACCUACUUCACUGUGGACUGCGCCGAGGCUGGCCAAGGCGAUGUCAGCAUCGGCAUCAAAUGUGCUCCAGGGGUCGUCGGGCCUGCAGAGGCCGACAUCGACUUUGACAUCAUCCGAAAUGACAACGACACCUUCACUGUGAAAUACACCCCACCCGGGGCAGGCAGCUACACCAUCAUGGUGCUGUUUGGUGACCAGGCUGUCCCUAUGAGUCCACUCCGAAUCAAGGUGGAUCCUUCCCAUGAUGCCAGCAAGGUCAAGGCAGAGGGUCCAGGACUGAACAGGAGCGGUGUGGAGCUCUGCAAGCCCACCCACUUCACAGUCAACACCAAAGCGGCCGGGAAAGCUAAACUGGACGUGCAGUUCGCUGGUCCCACCAAGGGAGAGGUGGUCAAGGACUUUGAGAUCAUCAAUAACCACGACAACACCCACACAGUGAAGUACACUCCAGUGCAGCAGGGCAACACUGGUGUGAGCGUGACCUAUGGAGGGGACCACAUUCCCAAAAGCCCCUUUUCCGUGGCAGUCGCCCCGUCACUGGACUUAAGCAAGAUCAAAGUGGCCGGCCUAGGAGACAAGAUGGCAGUUGGGAAGGACCAGGAGUUCACAGUGAAGUCCAAGGGGGCUGGUGGUCAGGGGAAAGUGGCGUCCAAGAUCACUGGCCCCUCUGGGAAGGCUGUGCCCUGCAAGGUAGAGCCGGGCCUGAGUCCAGAUAACAGCCAGGUCCGCUUCAUCCCCAGAGAGCCGGGGCCCUACCAGGUGGAGCUGACCUACGAUGGAGUGCCCGUGCCGGGGAGCCCCUUCCCCGUCGAGGCUGUGGCCCCCACUGACCCCUCCAAGGUGCGUUGUUCAGGCCCUGGUCUGGAACACGCCAAGGUGGGAGAGACGGGGAAGUUCAGCGUGGACUGUACCAACGCCGGCCUUGCCGAGCUGACCAUUGAGAUUAUCUCUGACAACGGCACAGAGGCGGAGGUUCACAUCCAGGACAACGGUGACGGCACCUACACCAUUACCUACAUCCCCCUGUACCCCGGUGUCUACACCAUCACCAUCCGCUACGGGGGGCAGGACGUGCCCAACUUCCCAGCCAGACUCACUGUGGAGCCUGCCAUCGACGCCAGUGGCGUCAAGGUCUUCGGCCCCGGCAUCGAAGGCAAAGGCGUCUUCCGUGAUGCCACCACAGAUUUCACCGUGGAUGCCCGCGCGCUCACAAAGAGCGGCGGCAACCAUAUAAAGACCCGAAUCAAAAACCCGUCUGGCAACCGCACAGAUGCCCUGAUCAGAGACAAGGGAGACGGAACCUACCAAGUGGAGUACACCCCUUACGAGGAGGGUGUGCACUCUGUGGAAGUUGCCUAUGAUGAUGCCCCUGUGCCCAGCAGCCCGUUCCGCGUGCCCGUGACGGAGGGAUGUGACCCAGCCAGAGUGAGGGUCCAUGGGCCUGGGCUGGAGAGAGGCACCACCAACAAGGCUAACAAAUUCACAGUGGAGACGAGUGGUGCUGGCAGUGGCGGGCUGGGGCUGGCCGUGGAGGGCCCCUCGGAAGCGAAGAUGUCCUGUACGGAUAACAAGGAUGGCAGCUGCUCUGUUGAGUACAUUCCUUAUGAGCCUGGAACUUACAACCUGAACAUCACCUACGGGGGCCAGCCAAUCAGAGGCAGCCCCUUUGCUGUCCCAGUCUAUGAUGUUGUGGACUCUACCAAGGUGAAGUGUCUGGGGCAGGGCCUGGGCAACAACGUGCGUGCCAGCAUCCCACAAUCCUUCACUGUGGACACCAGCAAGGCCGGUGUUGCGCCCCUGCAGGUCCGAGUGCAGGGACCCAAAGGAGUGGUUGAACCAGUGGAAGUGGUGGAUAAUGGAGACAGAACACACACAGUCAGCUAUGUCCCCACGAGAGAGGGACCUUACUCUGUCAACGUCCUCUAUGGAGAUGAGGAGAUCCCACGCAGUCCUUUCAAAGUGAAGGUUCUGCCUACUCACGAUGCCAGCAAGGUCAAGGCCAGCGGGCCGGGUCUCAACACCACGGGGGUGCCAGCCAGCCUGCCAGUGGAGUUCACCAUUGAUGCCAAGGAUGCGGGCGAGGGGCUGCUGGCAGUACAGAUCACAGACCCUGAAGGAAAGCCCAAGAAGGCCAACAUUAGAGACAAUCAGGACGGGACUUACCUGGUGUCGUAUGUCCCAGACAUGACUGGACGCUACACCAUACUGAUCAAAUACGGGGGAGACGAGAUCCCCUACUCGCCAUAUAGAAUCCGGGCUGUGCCCUCUGGCGAUGCCAGCAAGUGCACAGUCACAGGAGCUGGUGUUGGUCGUACACGUGAUCACUAG